GCGCCUGCGCUGAGUCGCAGUUAGUUUGGCGUUGGAUCCGGGAGGGUUCGGGGCACCCAGUGGCUACCGGCGCGCGGAGGGCCGGCCCGAGGCCGGGCAGCAGGACCUCCGCCAUGCCCGGGAUGGUGCUUUUCGGUCGGCGCUGGGCCAUUGCCAGCGACGACCUGGUCUUCCCGGGGUUCUUCGAGCUGUCCCUGCGAGUGGUGUGGUGGAUUGGCAUUUUGACUUUGUACCUCAUGCACCGAGGGAAGCUGGCCUGUACAGGCGGUGCCCUGCUCAGCAGUUACUUGGUCGUUCUUCUUGUUCUCCUAGCAAUUAUUAUAUGUACAGUGGCCGCCAUCACGUGUGUCAGCAUGAAAGGAACCAUCUGUAAUCCGGGACCACGGAAAUCUAUGUCCAAGCUGCUUUACCUCCGCCUAGCACUCUUUCUGCCAGAGAUGGUCUGGGCUUCUCUGGGGGCUGCCUGGGUAGCAGACGACGUUCAGUGUGACAAGACGGUGGUGAAUGGCAUCAUUGCCACUGUUGUCAUCAGCUGGGUUAUCAUCGUCUCCACCGUAGUCACCAUCAUCAUCGUCUUUGACCCCCUCGGGGGGAAAAUGGCUCCGUAUCCCUCCGCUGGCCCCAACCACCUGGAUAGUCGUGAGUCCAGCCAGUUACUUAAUGGCCUCAAGACAGCCGCUACAAGUGUGUGGGAAACCAGAAUCAAGCUGCUGUGUUGUUGCAUCGGGAAGGACGACCAUACUCGAGUAGCUUUUUCGAGUACGGCAGAGCUUUUCUCAACCUACUUUUCAGACACAGAUCUGGUGCCCAGCGACAUUGCGGCGGGCCUCACCCUUCUCCAUCAGCAACAGGACAACAUCAGGAACAGCCAGGAGCCAGAUGAGGUGAUCAGCCAUUCCCCAGGUCCCCCCCAGGAGGCUGAUUUGGACACCGAGUUAGCCAACUGUCACCAUUACAUGCAGUUUGCAGCCGCGGCCUACGGAUGGCCCCUCUACGUCUACCGGAACCCCUUCACCGGGCUCUGCAAGAUUGGCGGGGACUGUUGUAGAAGCAGGACAACGGACUACGACCUGGUCGGCGGCGACCGGCUGCACUGCCACUUCGGCUCCAUCCUGCACACGACGGGCCUGCAGUACAGGGAUUUCAUUCACAUAAGCUUUCAUGACAAGGUCUACGAGCUUCCCUUUUUAGUGGCUCUGGACCACAGGAAGGAAUCUGUCGUGGUAGCAGUGAGAGGAACCAUGUCUCUGCAGGACAUCCUCACGGACCUGUCAGCGGAGAGUGAGACCCUCAACUUAGAGUGUGGGGUGCAAGACUGUUCGGCACACAAGGGGAUUUCUCAAGCCGCCAGAUACGUUUACCAGCGCCUCGUCAAUGAUGGGAUUUUGAGCCAAGCGUUCAGCAUCGCUCCUGAGUACCGGCUGGUGGUGGUGGGCCACAGCCUGGGGGCGGGCGCCGCGGCACUGCUGGCCCUCAUGCUCCGGAGCUCCUACCCGCAGGUCCGCUGCUACGCCUUCUCCCCGCCCAGGGGGCUGCUGAGCAAAUCCCUUUACGAAUACUCUAAGACCUUCAUCGUGUCACUCGUCCUCGGCAAGGAUGUCAUUCCCCGGUUAAGUGUGACUAACCUGGAAGACCUGAAGAAGAGAAUUUUGCGAGUGAUCGCUCACUGCAACAAGCCCAAGUACCAGAUCCUGCUGCACGGGUGCUGGUAUGAGCUGUUCGGAGGAAGCCCGGAGAACUUUCCCACGGAGCUGGACGGGGGCACCCAGGGAGACCUGACGCAGCCGCUUCUGGGGGAGCAGAGCCUCCUGUCGCAUGGGUCCCCGACCUACAGCUUCUCCAGCGACUCCCCCUUGGAGUCCCCCACCAAGUACCCCCCUCUCUACCCUCCCGGCAGAAUCAUCCACCUGGAGGAAGAAGGCACGGCAGGGAGGUUUUGCCGUUCCGCUGCUCGGUAUAGCGCGAGGUGGUCCCACGAAUCACAGUUCAACAAAAUACUCAUCGGCCCCAAGAUGCUGACAGACCACAUGCCGGACAUCCUGAUGAAAGCCUUGGACAGCGUGGUGUCGGGCCGGGCCGGCUACGCUUUCUGCCCCGCCGGAGGCGGCUCGAACGUGGAUGUGGUGUAACCGGGGCUCACGCAAGCUGCUGAAGGACGACAGACUCCUGCUUCUGUUCUUGACCGACAAAAUCAGAGAGAUUCCCAUGAUGCCGGAACCUCAGAUAUCCACUGGUAGGAACUGGAUGGUCCUCUAAACCACGGGCUCAUUUGGGAAGUCGUUCUGAUCCCAGUAUUAGCAGAGCCAGUUGUCAGGAGAGCACGGAGAAGAUGGGACUCACAUGGGAAGCUUCGGGAACCUCCAGGGCGUUUCCUUAGUGAUCUGAGAACUGUCCCAGGAAAGGGUGGGAAUCCAAGACGAGGUUCAGAUGCGUUCCCACCUCUGCUGCCACCUUUUCACUGAUGGGGUCUUCAGGGUCUUAGCACUGUUGAGAGGAGUCUGAACCAAGGACACAGAUGUGCAGUUUAUGUUGCAGACGGGAUUUUCCUGGCUGCACACACCUGUGUACUCCGUUGUCAGGGCGCACACAGGCUUUCUCCCGGGUGGCCCCGAGGUCGGGCUGGGAACUAGGACCCCUGCCCCUGAGCGCGCCAGUCUCCAUAUCAAGCUGACUGCUUCAUUUGCACAGGAUAUACUGGCUUUUGGAGGUCAGCCAGUGGAUUCAGAGGGAGUUAAUAAAGCACUUACAUGUGUCAUUCGUGUCUGGACAGUGAUGUACUCAUCCACUGGAUGUUUCCAAGAAGGUCUGUUUUACUGGCUGGUUGUGUAGCAAUCCUGUUUAUAAGUUUUGUCUACUGUAAACAACAAAAAUGAAGCCUUAAGCUUUCUUGGAGCUCUGGGCUAAAGGGUGAAGAUCACACAGGCGUCUGAUGUAACCCUACCAAAGUGCCAGAAAAUGACACUAAAUGGAUCUCUUUAAAAAGCAAAAAUCCAUAAGGAUGGGGAAAGAAGAAAAGGAACGUGGGUUGACUAGAGGUAAACAGACUCCCAGGUGGAAGGGCCCAGCUACCCUGGCUUACAACUCUGCCCCCCCCCCCCAAAGCGCAGCAGGGAAUCAGGAAGUCUGGCCCUUGGUUUGCUCUGGGGGAGGGGCCCGGGUAGCAGGGCAGUGGGAGGCAAGGGGAUGACGCUCCUUGGCUUACCACACUUGGAGAAGAUGCCAGACCCCCACCCCCCGAAGAUUGUCCAGGGCAACCUGACCUCUGGAGACCCCUCCCUCAGGGCCUCUCAGCCCUCACACCAAUACCACCUUAAUCUCUGAGUACCUGCAAAGGCCAUUUUAAAAAACUGAUUGAAAUGCGAAGGUGUUCAGUUGCUACAAGUUUCAUUUCUAAACACAAUUCCUGUAUGUUCCUAGUGGCAGAAAGCUCAAAGAUCUUGGACAGGCCUUGCCACCACCUGCGGUGCCGUUUGCAAUCUGCCUCCCCUUUCUUAAGAUGUACUUAUUUUAGAGCGAGCAUGAGGAGGGGAGGAGGGAGAGAGAACCCCAAGCAGACCAUGCUGAGCGAGGAACCUGACGCAGGGCCUCACUCCUAGGAUCCUGAGAUCGUGACGGGAGCCGAAACCAAGUCAGACCCUUAACCCCCUGCACCCCCAGGUGCCCCUGCAAUCUGCUUCUGCGGACUCUGAACCUUUAAGCACUGGCCAAGGCCUGGCAGGCACUCUUGAAACAUGGGACCAGAACAGACUACUUAGAUUUAGAGCUUGGGAACAGAGAAAGUGUCGCAACCACAAAACUGAUGCCGAGACCGGAAAGUGGAGCAUCAAGAAUGCCUGGGAAUUAGAAGCACGACAGGUGAAGUGCAGAGCUUGUGGGUGGCGCAGAGCUAUGGCAGCACACGGAGCCCACCCGGCACAAAGGAGAAAAGCAGACCAGGACGUGCAAGCCAGGGCGACAGUCCCACAGAACUUGUCAACAAAAAUUCACCCCACACAACAGAAAUGGCCAAGGAGGACCCGAGAGAGCUGCCUUCCAAACUGAGGGGGACUGAUCUCCGCCCUGGGAUUUCCAACCAGCCAGAAAAGACCAGGAGAGAAUGAAGUUAUUUUCAAAGACACAAGGGCUGAGAAACAGAUUACCACACACUUCUGUCUCAGGAAGCUCUUGGAGGUGGUGGUCAAGAUGAGGCAAACUAAAAAGGAGUCGGGGCACCUGGCUGGCUCACUUGAUCAAGUGUGUGACUCCUGACCUCAGGGUCGUGAGUUCGAGCCCCACACUGGCCAUGGGGAUUUGUACUAAAGAUCAACAAACACAUCAGGCAGUGGUGGCCCGAGGAUUCUGAGACUUUAGGAAAAUGAAAAUCAGUGAAACACGUAACACAUGCCGACAUCUUGAGAGAUUUAGUCUGCAGAUGGAGGUUCGCUUGAAUCAUGAAGCGCACAGGAAAUGAAGCAAAUCAAGUACAAAUGAUCCCUGACAAGAAACAAGAAGUUGUGCAGCCAGAUUCUGUUAUUCCAGGACUGAGCUAGGAAUAUUCACAUGGUCACAGACGCUAAAUAGCGACCCAAAUCAUUCUCUUGAGGGAAUGGGAAACUGUUUGGGGGGGGGGGGGCUGCCAUGCACAAGAGUAUCUGUGGUAACAGCUGAAAAUGAAAAAUGCAACCAGCAAUCAAGUGACUUAGCCAGACCCCCAGGGAGGGGAGGGGCUGGAGAACUGAAUCAGAUAAACUGCCAUUUAUUGAGUGCAACAAAGCCUGCGGGAUAAAACCCAAAAAUGGGGAGUGGGAGGGUGCAGCUUGCAGGUGGGUGAGCAGGUGGAGAUUUGGGGAGGGGCUCCCGGAGAGGGCGUGGAGGCUCCGUACCCCUCCCCCAUACCUGGCCCUAGGCAGCUCUUCCAUCUGGCUGUUCACUUUCUAUCCUUUCGUAACAAACUGGUGAUCUAAUAGGUUAAAACAAAAAAAAAAAAUCAGG